CCUAUUUCUAAUUUCAACCUGAAUACAAGCGUCAUCGCGUGCCUAGUCAAGUGGUUAAUUUACACACAAGGGGAGUAGUUUAAAUGCACCUCUGUUCAGACCCGUGCAAUAACAUUCAGGACUUAGCAUAAAAAUCAUUGCUGUUAAACUGAAGUAUGGCCGAUCAGGGUGAUAUGAUGCAAGCCGUCGGAGAGACAAUCAAACCGUUUGUUCCUAUGAAACAUAUUCCCCAUCUUGUCAAAUCCUUAUAUGGUCUGAACGUGGAGUCUUGCAAAGAGUUGGAUAGUUAUGAUGACAAGAACUACCACGUGAUCGUUACUGGCCAAUCAGAGAAUCCCUAUAUAAAGCACCCUGAAGAAGACGGUUAUGUUUUGAAAAUAUUGAACAAAAUGCAGUCCAAAAAUCCACUAUUUGUUGAAGCACAGCACGCGCUGAUUAAUCACGUUGCCAAAAAUGGGAUCUCUGUUCCUCACAUUGUGAAAAAUCUGAAAGGAGAAAAUAUGUCAUUGGAAAAGAUCUACCACUCGGAAAACAUUACAGAUUCCACACCAUUUGAUUUUUACAUUGUACGUCUUUUGACUUACAUUCCUGGAGAAACUUUCUUUAAUAAACCUGUACAUCCAAAGAGUCUUUACAACAUUGGCAAAGUCCUAGGAAAAUUUCAUAAUGCUAUGGAAGGUUUUCAUCAUCGAUUCUUCGACUCCUAUACAUUUUUAUGGAAUUUAACCGAGGUGGAGCGUUUACGUGAAUUCUUAGUUGGAGUACAAGACGAGAAUAAAAAGGCACUGAUGUCAGAAAUCAUCGACGCAUUCAACAAAGAAGUCGUCCCAAAAUACCACAAGCUAAGAAAAAGCAUUAUUCAUGGAGAUGUGAAUGAGAGUAAUAUUAUAGUACAAGAGAUUCCAGGACAGAAAGUUGCAUCCGGAGAACCACGUGUUUGUGACGUCAGUGCCCUCAUUGACUUUAAUGACGCGGUAUCAUCGUAUACAGUGUUUGAUGUCGCUAUUUGCAUUGCCUACAUGUCCAUUCAGUGUAAAGAAUUCGAUCAGCGUGACGUAGGAGGUCAUGUACUGGCGGGUUAUUUGUCCGUGCGAAGUAUGAAUGAUACUGAGAGAGAGGUUUUGAAGGUUUGCGUCUGUGCCAGAAUCGCCCAGUCUCUUGUGAUGGGUGCAUAUACCUACUAUAUGGAUCCUAGCAAUGUUUAUGUUCUUAAUACUGCAGCUCGGGGAUGGCCGCUUGCAUCCUUGAUGUGGAAAACCCCACAACAUGAGAUUGAUUCACGGUGGAACAAAAUCAUAGAAGAAUAUGAAAAUCUGUAAAAUACGUUUGUAUUCAUAAUAUUAAAAGUUCUAAGUCUAUUGUAAUUAUGUUUUUGUUUUCUUUUGAUCCAUUUUCUAAAAGCCAAAAAUGUUAUUAAGCUAUCUUUUUCAUUCAUAAAUACCAGACUGAGUAUUUAUCAAAUCCAAAACGUGAAACCCUUGAAUCUUUGUAAUGAAAACGAAGAUUAUCUGAGGAAAAUAUGCAAUUACGUACAUGUAAGUCUUAGGCAAUCGUUGAAUGUUCGUUCCAAAAAUGUGGUGGAGCCAAUUAGAAUGGAGCACUCAUGAAAAGCAGAAACAUAAAGCGAGUUGGCUCAAUGUAAAAAAUAUUAAUAUAAAAUUUAUUUUGUUGUUCAAUCAUUUUAAUUUGCAUGUAUAUGUAUGUAGUUGAAGACGGUAAUUUAUGAAAAGGGUAGACUAAAUAGUUGUGAAUAAGAAGCAAUCACAUAUUAAAUGCAAAUGUAGAUGUUUCGGUAUUUGUGCUGUAUAUUAUUGUGAAUUUUUAUGAACUUGAAUAUAAAUGUACAGAGGUUUCCCAAAACCAUUCAGACGUUUGUCUCUUGUUCCAUCACUUAUCAUAUAAAGACAUUUCUGAGAAUAA